AUGUACACAACAAGAUCAAUUAUUAAUGCAUCUGGUAGAGCAUUGAAUAAGCGUCAGGCUACCUCUUCUGCCUUGAAAUCACUCAACAACAAAUCAUAUUCUACUAUUAGCUUUUCAAAUGUUACAAGUAUUCCAUCACAAGUAAAUGAAAUUGAAGGAAAGAUUAAUAAAGAACCAUUGAUUGAAAGAAUAGUUACAUCAAAUUCAUCAUUGUCAUUUGGACAAACUAAAAAGUAUGAAAAGAGUAUCAAACUAUCAGAGAACAAGUCGAUUGUAUUGGUCAAGAUUGGAGGUGGUGUCAUUGAGAAUGACAUGAAUGCAUUGAUUCAAUCACUCAACUUUUUGAAAAAGAUUGGAUUGUUUCCAAUUGUUGUGCACGGUGGUGGUCCACAACUCAACGUAGAGUUGGCUGCUGCCAAUCUUCCAGCCGAGUAUGUCGAGGGUUUGCGUGUGACACCACCUGCAGUGUUGGCAGUUGCUCAACGUGUCUUUGCACGUGAGAAUCUCAAGAUUGUCGAUGCACUCGAAGCUAGUGGUACACGUGCACGUCCCAUUACCCAGGGCGUCUACCAAGCAUCGCCACUCGACCCCAAGACCUACGGGUUUGUCGGUGCUGUCGACAAGAUUCUCACUGACGCAUUGGCCAAUUGCAUUGCCGGCGACUAUGUGCCAGUUGUCAGUAGUUUGGCCAUGACCGAGCACGGACAGGUACUCAAUAUCAAUGCCGAUGUUGCUGCACUCGAGUUGGCCAAGGCUGUGCGUCCAUUAAAGAUUGUGUUUGUCAAUACGACCGCCGGUAUGAAGGAUGGUGACGGACGUGUCAUGCCACACAUUGUUCUCGACGAGCAAUACGACGAGUUGAUGAAGCAAUCGUGGGUCAAACACGGUACCAAACUCAAACUCAAGGAAUUUAAGAGUUGUUUGGACAAUCUUCCUCUGUCGACUAGUAUCACCAUUACUUCACCACUCUUGUUGCGUACCGAGUUGUUUUCGCGUAACGGUAGUGGAACCACCGUGGAAAAGGGUAACAGUUUGUUGGACAGUUCACAAUCACAGUUUUGCUACAGAACGUUUGGCGCCAUGAUUGGCACACGCGACCAUCCUGCCAACAUUAAAAAGGUGGUGCAAGAUGCCAAGGUUGAGAUCUUUGUCAAUAGCUCCUAUUCGACCGGUCUCGCCAUCAAGGACAGCUCGUCAGGCAGCGCUGUCAAGAUUGUCGACAAGUUCUUUAUCAGCAAGGACAACAUUACAGACGAGUCGGCCGACUCGGUGUUCCGCUCCACCUUGGCCAAGCACCCCAGGUUGAUCUGGACCACCGCCACUGCCGAACAAGGCAAGGAGGCCGAGUUGGUUCAAACCUGGUUCAAAAAGGUGGCGACUGGAUUCAUCUCGGUCAAGGGUGUCACAACCUACUGGACCAACAUGGAGAUUGACGAGGUGCAAAAGCACAUCACCCAAUCGGCCACCAACAAGAGUGCACUCGACAAGUUGGGCAACGAGUCGACAUUGAACGUUGCCUCUGAGAAAAAGGACAAGUACCGUAUCGGUUUGUUGGGAGCUAGAGGAUUCACUGGCGGCCAUCUCGUCAGACUCAUCAGUCAACACGCCGGUCUCGAGCUCGCUCUCGCUGCAUCGUCCACCAACUAUGGCAAGCCCAUCACCACCGAGUUCCCCACUCUCAAAUCGUCGCUCCUCUUUUCUCAAGUCACCCCGGAUAAUAUCGCCAAGUACACUGUCGACAAUGGUAUUGACGGUUGGUUCAUGGCCCUCCCCGACAAGAUCUCGUCACCAUAUGUUGCAGCUCUCGACGUUCUCGAAAAGCAACCAACACUCGUCGACUUAUCGUCUGACCAUCGUUUCGAUAACUCAUGGGUCUAUGGUAGUCCAGAGACCAACCGUGCUGCUAUCCGCAAGGGUCGUCGUAUUGCCAACCCAGGUUGUUAUGCUACCGGUAUGUACCUCUCUUUGAAACCAUUGGUCAAGGCCGGUCUCCUCAACGGCACACCAUCCUGUUUUGGUAUCUCAGGGUACAGCGGUGCUGGUAGCAAGCCAUCGGACAAAAACGACACCAAGCGUCUCGCCGACAACAUCAUCCCCUACAAGUUGGUUGACCACACCCACGAACGUGAAGUGUCCCAUCAACUCGGCCACCCAAUCUACUUUAUGCCACAUGUCGGACAAUUCUUCCAAGGUAUCACCCUCACCAUCUCUACCAAACUCAACCGUUCUGUCACGGUCGAGGAAAUCACCGAACUCUACAAGAAAUCAUAUGCCGAUGAACCAUUGGUAAAGAUAGAUGCUGGCAUCAUUCCAGAGGUCAAGACCAACCAAAACAAGCAUACCCUCACCAUUGGUGGUUUCACCAUCAAGGACAACCAUCUCGUCAUUGUCACCACCUUGGACAACUUGCUCAAGGGUGCCGCCACUCAAGCACUUCAAAAUAUGAAUCUUUCCUUAAAUUUGAAUGAAUUGGAUGGUAUUAAAUCAGAACUUUAA